ACAAAUAUAUUCUCUGCAAAGAGUAAACAAGAAAUACAGUCAAGCUACAGAAAUGGCUCUGGAAACCUGUUUGCAACUUAGUUCAGUCUGCAGUACUAGAGCUAGUGUCCUGCAAAGUUACCAUCACUUUUCCUCUCAUGAGAAGAUUCAUUGCCCGGCUUCCAGAGGAUUGAACAAAUCCAAGUCAUUCAAUACUUCAUUAUAUUCAUCUUUUGCUCAUUCUCUCAAAGAUAGAUGUCAAAAAUCCCGGAUUAUCUGCAAAGCUCGCAAAGCUUUAGAUGAAGUUCAAGUGGUGACAGAUUCAAGCUGGGAAAACCUUGUGAUAGGAGGUAAAAACCCAGUUCUGGUGGAGUUCUGGGCACCAUGGUGUGGGCCGUGUCGCAUGAUUGCUCCAGUCAUAGAUGAAUUGGCAAAGGAAUAUUCUGGAAAGAUUGCCUGUUACAAGCUCAACACUGAUGACUGCGCGAGUAUCGCAACACGGUAUGGGAUCAGAAGCAUCCCAACCGUGCUGUUUUUCAAGAAUGGAGAAAAGAAAGAGAGCGUGAUUGGUGCGGUGCCAAAGUCUACCUUGUCUGCUACUAUAGACAAAUAUGUAGACAGUUGAAUUGUAUCUGGUUCUGUACUCUGUAGUCUGUACUUUGUUGUUCAUAUUACCACGAAUUGAAAUCUGGAACUAAAUACAUUCAAGGUAUGCAU